UGUUGUCAAGAAAAUAACCAUAGUUUCAUAAUAUUAUUAUUAUUAUAGCAUAUUCCUUCCUCCACUUCUCAUCCAUGCACCUUCCUCCCCCUUUCCAAGAUGACCAAUUUAGCUUCUCCAAUAUUCCAAGUUACAACUUUUGAAUUAUAUAACCAUCCAUUCAUCCACCCUUUUAAACCAUAAUAACAAGUUUUCUCAUCUUUAUAGUCUAAAAAAUAACUUAACAACCAUGGUUUUUGCAGAGGAGACAUCACAGAGUAACAAGAACUCAACUUCUUCUCCCUUGUUUGGUUUCAUAGACCUUUUCCUAUACUUAACAUUUUUCAACAAAAUCUACAUCUUCUUCUCAAGUUUUUUCUCUUUCCUUCUUUGCCACUUUCAAUAUGGUAGCUCAGAGUCAGAGGUAAGAGAGGAGAAGAAGGUUACAGAAUCUAAUGAGUCAAAUGCUGGCAUCAUUGAAAGAGAUGAAGUUAAAAUGGUGAUGGAAAAAAUGGGAUUUGUUUGCAACUCAGAAAGUGAGGAACUUAAUGAAAAGUAUGGUUCUAAGGAGCUUUGUGAAGUGUUUGAGGAGAAUGAGCCAAGUUUGGAUGAAGUGAAGCAAGCUUUUGAUGUUUUUGAUGAGAACAAAGAUGGUUUUAUUGAUGCAAUGGAGUUACAAAGAGUUCUUGUUAUUUUAGGAUUGAAAGAAGGAUCAAAAUUUGAGAACUGUCAAAAGAUGAUCAAGCAUUUUGAUGAAAAUCAUGAUGGAAGAAUUGAUUUCUUUGAGUUUGUAAAUAUUAUGAGAAAUCACUUCUGUUAGUUUGUUUGUUCCUUUGUUUAAUGAUAAUAUAAUUAAAGGCAUUUAUCUGUUUUUUA